AACUAUUUGGUAUAUUAAUAUAUUAUAGUAACAGGUUAACCACACGGUUUACACGGAGUGUCGGAGUGUACGCAGACAACUAAAUUGUAACGCUUUGAUCAUUACCUAGGUACUGUACUAUAUUAUUUUGGACUACCUAUGGUAAAUUAUAGUUUAUAAAAAAUAUAGAAGCUGAUUCCUGAGUUCCAAACUUUUGUAGUUACUGGUCAACCGUAGUUCUAAUUGCCUCUAAUAUUUAACAACCAAGAUGACUUUCCCAAAUCUCGUAUAGUUCUAUUACCACCUGCUCUAUACUUUUGCGUUUUCUGCUCGUUAUUUUUGUUCCGUCGUAUUGAUUUUGUUUAGUUGAUUCCAGAUAGGCAGACGGCCUAUUCGUCAUGGCGAUGGCCGGCGGCGAUACCGACGCCAACGAAUUUAUCGUUGACGACAAAAUCGACGAAGUGUUGCUCAAUCUCGUACUGCAGAAGAAACUUGAAGUGUCCACCGUUAUUAAAGUUUACGGUAUUCCUAAAGUCACGCCCAUAGCCUUCAACCAACUCCGAGUAGAUGUCACCAAAAUAUUUACGCAGUACGGUAAAAUCCUCAGAGAUUACUAUCCAAAAUCUGAGAAUGGUCACACUAAAGGUUUUUUAUUCAUUGAAUAUGAAGACCCCGAAAGCACAUUGAAAGCUGUUAAGGGUGCUAACGAUUCCCAAUUAGAUAGCAAAUAUCCUUUUUUAGUACAAUUGGUUUCCAACUGUAAAAGAAUAGCAACCCUGCUACAGCCAAUACCAGGCCAUAAUGUACAAUAUCAUGUAGACAAGUAUUUAUACAAUCGUAUUCAAGAUUGGAUGAAUAACGUUCCACAUAUACCAGAAUUAGAAAAACGUAAAAUGAUGGCAGAAGCCCAAUUGGCCAUGGCCAAAAAAAAUGAUUCCUAGACGUAUGAAGAAUUGUAUUAGUUACCCACAUAUUCAUUGAGUAUAAAAAAUAUGAAAGAACCUUGGGUGCUGUUACAUAAGCUAAUAAUUUCCAACUAGACAAAAGUCAUUCUUUCUUAUUACUUUCUGGCUACAAAAAGUCACAAAGAGUAUGUCUGAUCACUUGAUUAAGAAAAAACUUUCAUGACAUAAAUACUACUUCUAUUAUUAUAGUUUGUUAAAAUUUAAAAAGUAGUAGCACUAGUGUGUAUUGGUCAAGGAUGAAUUUUAUAAUGUUCUUGCGCUUGAGGUAGUCGUAGUGAUAUACCUCCUUGGGUGGGCUGGACUUGAAAGUAAAACUUUUUAAAGUUAACAUUUUUUAUCACAAAUGAAAAGUAAAUUAUUAACUUUUCCAGUUAAUUGUAAUAUAAUAAAAAUUAUAGUAUCUACC